AUGACACUUUCGCGUCGAGUGUUGCCAGCUGUGGCGUUUAUAGUCACUUUUACCCAUGGCGCUCGUGUCCACUUUGACCUUGACCUCACAUGGCAGGUGGGUGCCCCAAAUGGACAAGAAAGACAGAUGAUCUUUGUCAAUGGACAAUUCCCAGGACCACCGUUAGUUCUGGACCAAGGGGACGAUGUGACGGUAACUGUCAGCAAUCACUUACCAUUCAAUACCAGCGUGCAUUUCCACGGAAUUGAGCAAAAAAACACAGCAUGGGCAGAUGGAGUACCUGGCCUCACUCAGUGGGCCAUAGCACCAGAGAAUACGUUCAUUUAUCAAUGGCAUGCGAAUGAAUAUGGUACUUAUUGGUACCAUUCCCACGACAUGGCUACUCUGCAAGAUGGUCUCUAUGGCGCAAUUCGUAUCCGGCCUUCUAAACAGACAGAAGAUCCAUUCGAAAUGAUUACAACUGAUACCACCGAGCUGCGCGCUAUAAGGCAUGCAGUUCAGAAUGCAGAGCUCAUUAUUGUCUCGGAUUGGACUCAAUAUACCUCAUUUGAGUACAUGGAUGCAAUGAAACAGACAGGUUAUGACAUUUUUUGCUCUGACAGCAUCCUAAUUCAAGGCAAGGGUUCCGUUUAUUGCCCGCCACAGGGAGAAUUAAUCUCUUUGAUGCCCGCUUCUGUCCAACAUGUGCUACAGGCAAAUGUCACUGAUAAGGGAUGUCUUCCCUUUGUCACUGGUACUCAGGGUCUCUGGGAACAUCACGCAGAAAAGCUCCCCGCUAAACUCAACGAGGGUUGUGUGGCUAGCGAGGGGUCCAGGGCCACAGUAGAAGUCGACCCAAGCAAUGGCUGGGCUAGUCUGAACUUCAUCGGUGCAGCUAGUGAAAAAGCACUAGUUGUUUCUGUGGACGAACACCCAAUGUGGAUUUAUGAAGUGGAUGGCAGGUACAUAGAGCCUCAGCUUGCUGACACAUUCGAACUCUAUAAUGGUGAGCGGUAUUCUGCUCUUAUCAAACUUGAUAAGGAGCCUGCCAACUACAACAUCACCAUUACCGACACCGGUGGCAACCAAAUUAUUGCCGGUUAUGCAACUUUGCAGUAUCGGGGCGCUGAGAAUAAUGCCAGGAAAUCUGUGCCCUAUAUCAAUUAUGGUGGUCAGCCCACAUCCCCCGAUGUUGUUGCAUUGAAUGUUUCCGUCUUACCCCCUUUCCCAGAAAUCCACCCUGCUGAAAAGGCAGAUGAUUUCUUUUUGUUGAAUCUAUCACGUAUCAACUCCUCCUGGCAGUGGUCCCUAGGCGGUACCACAUCCCUUCCAGCGGAUCUUGACAGUAUGGAACCAGUUCUAUACAACAAGGACUCCCCUGGCCUCGAGAAUGCCCUCAAAAUCGCCACCAGAAAUAACACCUGGGUCGAUAUCGUCUAUCAAUUGCGCUUAUGGGACGCAUCAAUUACGCCUGUUCAGCCCCCUCACCCAAUUCAUAAACAUUCGAACAAGAUGUUUUUGAUCGGCGCCGCACAGGGUAUUUUCAAUUGGUCCUCCAUCGACGAAGGUGUUGCUGCAAGUCCGCAGAGUUUUUUCCUUGACAUGCCUCUCUACAGAGACACAUUUGUCACCUCUCCCCGAGGGGAAGCGUGGAUAGCAAUCAGAUACUUUGUGCAAAAUCCCGGACCUUUCUUGUUGCACUGUCACAUGGAGACGCAUCUAUGGUCUGGAAUGGGCAUGGUUUUGUUGGAUGGUUAUGAUGUUUGGGAUCAAAUCCAAAGUGGCUAUUGGGAUGAUGCGUGUUAAUACACUUCUUUAAGCUCAUCUCUCGUGCAAGAAAACGAAGGUACGAGAGUUUGUUUGUUCAUUCAUAGAGAUAUACCCAGUAUCAAUGACUCUUUGGGCUUAAUAUCGGAGCUUCUACUCAUAUUUCAUGCUUAAAAUCGUGAUGUCUGCUAUACUUAUAUGCAU